UUGGCUCGAAGCCUUCAUUUUUUCCCUGCUCUUUGUCGCCCUCUGACCUCUGGCUUCCCAGGUUUCCUUUGUUUGAAGUUUCGGCAAAAGGCUUUGGGCUCCUAGAAAGAUGGCAGAGGACGGUUACAAGGUCAAAUUGAAUGUCUAUGACCUUAGCCAGGGGCUUGCUCGCCAGUUCUCAACUUCAUUUUUGGGGAAAACUAUUGAAGCCAUAUGGCACACUGGGGUGGUAGCAUAUGGAAAUGAGUACUACUUUGGCGGAGGCAUUCAAUGUGAUCCUGCUGGAAUGACACCUUAUGGAACUCCGGUUAGGGUGGUGAACCUAGGUGUGACGCAUGUGCCUAAGGAGGUCUUUGAGGAGUACCUGCAUGAGAUUAGCCCGCGCUACACUGCUGAGACCUACAACCUUCUCAGUCACAAUUGUAACAACUUCAGCAAUGAGGUCGUGCAGUUCCUGGUUGGUACCAGCAUCCCUGACUACAUCCUUCAUCUCCCAAAUGAAGUCAUGAGCAGCCCAAUGGGAGCGCUUAUAUUACCCAUGAUUCAGCGGCUGGAAACAACACUGAGAUUAGGUGCUGUUCCUCAAGCUCCCCAGUUCACGCCUCCUGCUGCUGCUCAACCAUCUAUACCAAAGAAUAUUGCAUCAAGCCCAUCCAAGGACGAGAGCUUGGGGCAAUCUGACGGCCAAAAAGCCGAUUCUGGGAGUUCACCCUUCAAGGCUCCAGAAGGUGGGAAGGCAGUCUCACCUUCUCUUGAAGCUGCUUCAGUUUCAGAGAAGAAAAAACCUCCAGUGAGUGAUCCCCUUGAUGCUCGCAGCAGGGUGCAAGAAGAGAUCACAAGAGAGUUUACGGCAAUCAUGGCGACCGGGACGCUGCGGGCGAGUGAGGCGGCAGCCCUUGCAGCAAGAAGAGUGAUGGAAAGGCAUGGGCUGUUAAAUGUGCCCAUGCAGCAGAGUUAGGCUUGUGCCCAGGGAUUUAGAAGACACACUGCUAUUCUUCAAAGCAAAUUGCUUUGUUCUUGUUUGCUGGAUUAAUUUUUGUGGAAUUAUAAUGGAUAAGAUGUUGUGGACAUUAAACUGGUUCCGCGUGACUGCUGCAAACUUUCUUAUUGAAGGGAAUCGAGCAAAUGAACUUUCGGAAUUGA